UUGCUUGCUGCUGAUUGGUCACGUAGGAGGAAGAUGCGACUGCAAUGGAGAAUAGACUGGGGACUUUUCAAAGCGUCCUACUGAUGUGAUUAAUAUCGUUGAAUGAUUUCCACGCAUUGGCUUGUCGCGGUAUGUAGUUUAAGGCCUUUAGAUUAUUAGCUAGGCCUAGGCUACUGGAAGUCCGUAUUUUUGUUUUGUUUUGUUGGAUCGUUUGAUGUGUGAUGUCGGGCCCGUCGCGCUGCUUUGUAGCUGAAGUCACUCCCUAGAAAUGUAGCUUGUGGUUACAACACUGGUAGAGCUAUCACUGAAGCUGCUCUUCUUGUAGGUGUUGCUGUGCGAACGAUGCACGAGCGAUGUCUGAUGUUGAGGCCACGUACGCAGACUUCAUCGCCUCUGGCAGGACGGGACGCAGGAACGCCAUGCACGACAUUCUGCAGAGUCCCGCCGACCCUGAGGGACGAGGACUGCCCCUCACCCUGUCUCUGUCCCAGCUGCACAUCAACGCAGGAGGGGGAGAUGGAGACGACACUGAUGACAGCCAGAGCUCUUCCUCCGCGGGCCACAGGGAGGUGGAGCAGAGGAACAGCUAACCUGCCACACACUCCUGCCAGUGGACAGAGAGCUGCAAGAUGGAAUCCAGCCGUCAUUGUGAUGAAGCCUUUGGUACAAAGUGGGCUGGUAGCCGGAGGGUAGCACCACCACUGCUGAGGUGCCUAUAAGCAGGGCACUGACCCCCUAAAUCCACUGUAGAGGCGCUGUGCUGCGAUAUGAUCACCAAGCGCUCUCAUGUCCCUGUGGCUCUGCUGUGCACUAGAAUAACAGACUGUUGGCAAGGGUGUAUUUCAGAGGUGGAGUAAACAGAGAGACAAAUCUGUAGCUCAUGUACAGCUGAUUUUACUUCCAGUCUUAGUUUUAAACACAAAGGCUGAAUGAUUGGAAUGAAAAGAGAAAGCUCCUAUGUGAGUGUAUGUGAAUCUUGUAGUUGUGCAGGCAAUUUGUAAGACCACUGAGACGUGCUGAUGUAAUGCAGUGGGACUAGCAUGUUCGUAGUGAUGCUGAUAGAGAUUAUAUUGCCAGUUAAUGGCUUGUGCUUCCUUUAAUUUGAAUAUACUUUAGAGGGAAUUUGACUACUCAGCUGUAGUAAAACUGGAAACUAGAAAACACCACGGACAAAAACACUGGGGCUUGGUUACGUUAUUUGUUGAAGGGUGUGUUCACUGAUUUUGUUUUGUAUGAUAGACAACACCCAAUCAUAUGUGAAAUUGGCCUGUACUAGAAAGCAGCAGACUGGAUGGUGGUGUGACCUACAAUACAUAAUAAUACAUUUAUAGUGAAUUUGGAUGAUAUAUUUCAAUGGCUCAGUGGUUAACAAAGAUGAUUAUGGUGUACUAUCUUUUAAAAUGUUGAUAGUCUUUUUUUUUUUUUUUUUUUUUUUUUUUACUUUUCUACUCAUGCCAUUAUAAUCACAACCGUAAAGGAGUAUAUUGAAAUUUUGGGAAAUAUUCUAAUUCGCUUUCUUGCCGAGAGUUAGAUGAGAGGAUUAAUGCCAAUGUUAUGUACUGUAUGUACGCUAAAUAUGUAGCUUGAGUCAGCAGCAAGGUUAGCUUAUCUUAAUAUCAAAUGGGAAAACAGCUAGCCUGGCUCUGUCUGAAGGAAACAGAAUUCACCCACCAGCCCUUCUAAAGCUCAUUAAUUAACAUGUUAUGUCCUGUUUGUUUAAUUCGUACAAAAA